GGCUGCUGAAACUCCACAAGCCAAUUCGCAGCCAAGACGACGCAGCAUGGACAACAAGUUCAUCCCGCAGGCCAUCGCGCUCGUGACGCAGGCGAUCCAGGAAGACACCAACAAGAACUACGAAGCCGCCUUCAAGCUCUACAAGCAGUCGCUCGAGCACUUUAUGAUCGGCGUCAAAUAUGAGAAGAACCCGACGUCCAAAGAGAUCAUCAUGAAGCGCGUCGAGGGCUACAUGUCCCGCGCCGAGCAGCUGCGCGAGAUGCUCGAGGGCGCGUCCAAGCCCAAGGUCGUGCCCGCGGGCGGCGUCGCCGAAAAGGAAAAGGACGACGAAGAGAACGAAGAUGCAGAAAAGAACAAGCUGCGCGGCGCCUUGGCCUCCGCCGUCGUCUCGGAGAAGCCCAACGUCAAGUGGGACGACGUCGCCGGUCUCGAAGCCGCCAAGGAGGCACUGAAGGAAGCUGUGAUCCUUCCAGCGCGCUUCCCGCAGCUCUUUACUGGAAAGCGCCGGCCAUGGAAGGGUAUCCUUCUUUACGGCCCGCCGGGUACGGGCAAGUCGUACUUGGCCAAAGCCGUGGCGACCGAGGCCGACUCGACCUUCUUCUCCGUCUCGUCGUCCGACCUCGUCUCCAAGUGGCAAGGCGAGAGCGAGCGAUUGGUGAAAAACCUCUUUGAGAUGGCGCGGGAGAAGAAACCAUCAAUUAUUUUCAUCGAUGAAAUCGACUCGCUUUGCUCCAACCGCUCAGAAGGCGAAAGUGACUCGACGCGACGCAUCAAGACCGAGUUCCUCGUGCAAAUGCAAGGCGUCGGCCACUCGCACGACGGCAUCCUCGUGCUUGGCGCGACCAACGUCCCGUGGGAGCUCGACCCGGCCAUGCGCCGCCGGUUUGAGAAGCGCAUUUACAUUCCGCUUCCCGAAGUCGAGGCGCGCAAGGUCAUGCUCAAGAUCCACCUUGGCGACACGCCCAACACGCUCUCAGACGACGACUUUACCUACCUCGCCUCCCAAGCCGAAGGCACGUCCGGCUCGGAUAUCUCGGUGCUCGUGCGCGAGGCCCUCAUGGAGCCGUUGCGUCUCUGCCAGCAAGCUCAGUUUUUCAUGCGGUGUGACGAGAAGUGCCAUCCCAACCGCAACGGCGCCUUCUUGACGCCGUGUCCCGACGACCCGCCGUGCCCGUACUGCCACAUGAAGCUCUCUUCGUGUGGGAGCGCGUGCCAGGGCUGCAAGACGCCGUGCGGGCGCUGCGGCGCCUACCGCAUGCGCCUGUACGAUUUGCCGGAGCGCGGCUUCCGCGACGACCAGCUCAAGCCGCCCAUGGUGUCCAUGCGCGAUUUCAAAAAAGUGUUGGAACACUCGAUCACGAGUGUCGCGCCCGAAGAGCUCAACCAGUUCGUCAAGUGGACCACCGAGUUUGGCCAAGAAGGCUAAGGCGUCGCUGCUUGGUCGUCCGAGACUCGAACCUUUUUUCACUAAACUAACCUACCCCUUGCCGCCGGUCGUCCGCAACGCUGGCCAUUUUCAAUUCACGAACCUGCCCUGGCCACAAAGUUGUAC